AUGGCAACAGAAGCUAAGCUAAUUUGCUAAGGGCUUGUAACAAAUAAGUUUCAACAGUGUCUGAACUUAGAAAUGAGAAUGUAACGGCUACCGGUAUAUGUUUCUUUAGUUUGUAUAGUUUAUGUAUUUCUUAAUGUUUGAAUUGAUAAUUUUAGGGGCGCCACUUAUUCAAGCGAAGCACGUUUUAUCUGUUAAAACUUCACUGGGACUAACGUACGCAAGAUUUAAUUAUUAUUUCUCACCGUGUGAUUUAUCCACUGGUUAAGUGGCGUUAAAAGCGUUAUAUCGGUUCGUAAUGUCCAUCGCUGAACAGUUUAUUCCAAGUGCGUGACAAUUAAGUAAGGGAUUGUUUAUGUUUAUUGCUGACUAUUUUUCCCCGUUAAUUUGACUCAUAAUAACAGAAGCUGUUAUGAGUCCUGCCGUCAUGCGUUCAGCAGCCGCAGAUGGUCAACUGAAGUUCAUCUUAAGUCAUUAGUAGAUAAACGCUUGAUCCCCCUGGAGGUCGGGUCAUGUCCGCGGAUCACUCAGCGACGCAGACCGGGACUCACGGCCUCCUCCGCGGCCAGCGCACCCGGUCCUACGGCAGCCUGGUGUCCUCUUCAUUAUCACCCGUGAGAGAAAGACGAAUUCAACACAAAGUUCAGCCCGGUGAAACUUUGCAAGGACUAUCACUGAAGUACGGCGUGUCUAUGGAGCAAAUCAAAAGGGCAAACAGACUGUACACAAAUGAUUCAAUAUUCCUGAAGGAGUCCCUUUUCAUCCCUGUGCUGACAGAGUCUGUGUCUUUCACAAAUGGAGUGGAAUUGACAGAGGAGGAGUCAAGUCCAGCACAAACACACACAGAGAUUUCUAAUGAGACUCCCAAAAGCCAAACAGACUCUAGUAGAUGUGAAGCGAAUGCUGAUCUGUCACCGGUGGAGUACCUGAAAAAAAUAGACAGCUUGAUCAGUAAGUCAAAACAAGCAGCUGUGAAAACCUGCCAGGAGGGAGAGAAACAGUUCUCUUCUAUGGAUCUACUCCAUCACAGCAAUCUGAAGUCUGACACAGUAUCCUCCCAGCAGGCCGUAUUGGGAGGUGUUCCCAUUACCAUCACCAGACGGACCAAGAAUUUGAGGGAUAGGGAGGACGAAAUCUUCCAGCUCUGAUGUAGGUGUUUAUUCUGGUGUAGGAUUCUUCUGACUGUUUUCUGUUUUAUUUGUACAAGUGGAAUGAUUUAGAGGGCUCCCUCUUCUGGUUUCAUGCCUUUAAAUUGUGAUGGGGAGUGUUGGAGAGAUUUGCAAUAGUCCUGUUUUUAUAAAGGUGUUACCAGCUUUAGACAUGCACACAUAUUAGCACUGUAAAAACAUUAGCCUGAUGCCUAAAAGUAAUAAUAUAAUGUGAAUUAUAAUUCUGCUGUAACCAAAGUAAUGGGAGACAGUUUUAGGUUUGAUGUGGACAACUGCAUUUGAGCAAAAGAAAUCAGGAAUGUAGCUUGUAAAAAUAGUGCACUUGCUAAUUAAUAUUUAACACUACCUCACAAAUAAUGGAUAGAAGUACUUUAGUUUUAGGAAAUUGAAAAAGUAUUUGGGAAUGUGCCAUUGGACAUCUGCAUCUUUCAAUGCAUAGUUUUGCACUGCAGUCUCGUGCUUGGUUUUGUGUGUGUUUUUUUUUCCUGAUUGCUUUAUAAUGUUUUCCUAACAUGAUAAAGAACCUUUGUUCUUUUCCUGGACGGGUUUGUGAUUUGCAUCAGUGAUUUGUGAACGUAACACCCCACAGCAAAAUAAUGUAAUAUGAAACAGAUUAAAUGCCAUAAACACAAA